AUGAUUGCUCUCAUUAAAAAGAAACAAAAGGAUGAGAAUGAAGUUGAACCUGUCUUACUUGAGAAAGUCUUGGAUAUAUUGCUCAAGAAGAUUGUUGAUACUCCAGAGUCUCUUGCCCUGCGAUUGGUCCUACUGAAAAUAUCACAAUCAGAACCAUCCCAUCCUGACUCGGAACACAUCCGUGACAUACUAGAGAACGUAACUUCCCAAACUCCAAGUGGAACUAGCAGCGAUUCGAACUGUUUGGACAGUGUGGUCGACACCAGCAGUCACAAACCCUCAACAACAGUGCGGCCAAGAAGACAAACAAGGGAGACAUCAGUCCAAACAACCCUCAACAGUGAAAGUAAAAGCAGACUGAUCAGUAAGAGCAGACUCAGUUUGCGACGUACCACCUCAUCAACGCAGGUUGAGUUGAAGAACCCCCCUCGAACAGAUCCUCAGAAGAUAUCCUCACGAAGAUCGCAGACCUCGUUGGAUCGAGUGAGAAAACCGGAGCCUGUGAAACCUGUCUUGAACUCAAACUCAAAUUCGAGUUCAAACUCGAAGCCGAGUUCAACCCCCAGGAGGAUGGGCUCCAGUUUGACGAGGUUGUCAGGCAGGAAUGGUCUCUCGACUGUUGCUGAACAAACCAACGCCCUGAGAGUGAAGAGGAUUUUCGUUGAGAGUUCAACUCAAACUAGCAAUGUGGAGAGUACGUCGAUGGGUGUUCAGGUGAACUACAGGUGUUCCAGAACUGUAAUGGAUUCGUCUACACAGACAAACAUUGUUGAGAACUUUGUUUGUCGUUGUUUCGCCUCGAAAAAUAAUGAGGAACUGUUGGGGGUGAAUGUUGGGAGUCAAGAUAAAAAUGUUCAAAAUUCCGCUUCAGUUAUACCUGCGCCCCCACCUCUACCUCAAUCAUUGUCAUCACAUUCCCGUAAAAACUGUAGGUCAGAGAUGGAAUAA